GGGCGCCGGCGGCAGAAGGGCGUAAGUGCCGCGGGGCCGCCGCGCGCCGCUCGCCGCUCGCGCCAGUCUGCGCUCGGCCACCAUCCAGUUCGCUCGUGACGUGACGCCGUGCUGUGACACAUUUGACAGUUUGUUAUCGUGAAUCGUGUGAUGUUUUCGUAUCGGAACUAUGGUGUAUCCCAAUGAAAAUGUGGAGUGAUUUCCAGGGCUCGGGCGGCGGGUGCGGCGCCAAGCGGCGCGCCGGCUCCCCGUGUGAGGGCGGCGGCAAAGUCGCGCGCUGGGAAGACUCGAUCGCGCGGCUAGAGGCCGUGGCCGCCGGCGCGGGCGGCGGAGACUGCUGGCGCUCAGAGGAGGAGGAGAGGCGGGCGUGCCGCCGGCGCUGGUGCGGCGGCUGGUGCGGCGCGCACGACACCAUCCGUGCCGAGAACGGCAAGUCUUACUUGGAGCUGGGCGGAGCCGCCGCGCGGGCCUGCUGCGACGGUCGCGCGGCCGGCCGCUGUGCCUCGCGCCGCUGCUACCGCGAGAGGCGGUUCAAGAUGAUGAAUCUUUGCGCGCUCAAGUUAGCGCGCCUGCGCCAGACGGCAGACCCUUCGCUGCGGCGCUCAGUCCUCGUGUGCAAUACGCUUCGCGGCAUCGAACGCGAGAUGGAGCGCGAGAGUGUCGAGGAGGCGCCCUUCGAGCCGGCGUGCGUAGCCGGCGGCGUAGCCCGCUGCGAGCUGCUGAGCGCUCGCGACCCGGCGGCCGGACGCGCCACCCCCUUCCCCGCGCCGCCGCCGCCGGACCGAGACUCCGGCUACGGCGACGAGGAGCAGCGCACCAUCGACUGGGGCUCCGUGCUGAGCCUGUCGUCGAGGUCGGCGCUCGACCCCCCCGAGGACGCGUGGCCCGACGACUGGGGCUGGAGCGAGGACAGCUUCGUGCGGCUGCUGGUGCCGACGAGUUAGUGCACGGCGCGCGGGCAGGAGUCGCCCGCGCCCCACUGAGCGCCUGUGAUAGCGCGAGCCGCGCCGCGCGGUGAGGCGGGCCGCGCGGCCGGCUCGCGCGUGCGGCCGCGCGGAACUCUAGUCGGACGCGCCGCGCCGCCCGGCGCCUCGCGCGCCGCCGCGUCGCGACGCAUACACGCAGUCAGUAGUUAGUAUUAUGUAAUUGCAAAAGGGAAGGUGCUAGCUUCGGACGUGACGCAGGACUUAAAUGCGAGCCGAGUUAUUUUUGAUAGUUUUAUUUUCUUUAAGUGAAUUCCAAACCGAAUGAAUAAGUGACUUAGCUAAUGACGUUAUUAUCGUUUAAAUUAAAACUCAGGUGUUUGAAAUUUUGUUGAAAUUAUUAUGUAAUUAAUUAGGUAAAAUAACUAUAUUUAUUUCGUUGACCAGAAGAAGAAAAGUGACAAUUUGAAAUUAUUUCUGUCUUGAUAUUUUCAUUGAAAUGUACCGGAACAACGAGUAUGACUUUAGUUUUAUUAUGGGUUAUGUUGACUCGACAGAGGUUUGUCUGGUGAAGUGCGCUCCCAGCGGGUUGUGGUGCGAGACAGUUCUGUGCUUGAGCGAGUGGUCAGCGACUGGUGAGCUCGGAGCGCACUCCGCGGGCAGGCCUCGGCGUGUCGUAUUAAUAGUAAUGUGUGGACAUGUGCCGUUUGACAAGCGCGUCUUGCUGUGUUGUGCACAGUGCAGUCGUACUGCUGCGCUACGCGAACAAUGCUGAACAAAUUGUAAUAGCUAGUACCUUAGUACUUAACGUAACUGAUGAACUUUCAUAAGUUCCACAUCCACCACACAGCCAGGCUCACACGUAACUGGAUGUCAAUUAAUUGAGCCUUACCAGCUGUGACUAUGAAAGUUUCAUGAUUACAGGAAUCGUGCAUUUGAAUAAUUGGAAUUUGUAAUACAUGACUGAACCGUGGCUGUAGGUACUUAAAUCACUCAUAUUUCGGAAUUGAGAUUUCUGUCCAUUGAUUCGGAUGCCUUCUAACGAUCAGUUUUAACUUUAUAAAUAGCCAUUAAGGUCUUUCAUUUAGACAUAAUCAAAAUAACUGUAAAACGUCUCAUCGAAUAGUUUAUUUACUCUACUAACAGUGAACUGCAGUUCCUAAUACGUAAUUAAAACUAAUUAGAACAAUCAUUUAAUUUAUUGGACACAUUACCUUCUAGUUUUGUACUAAAGUGUAAUUGUUAGGGGGCAUCCGAAUGUAUCAGAUUAGGUUUUCGAUAGUCAAAGUUAGUUCGUUGAUGGACUCUGUAAAUGCAUUGAGAUUUGAAGUGUAACAAACCAGUUGAAUUAUUGUAAAAAUAGUCUGAAAGUUGAACAACCCGUCGUUUCUAAACAGAGACUGGUAACGAACAAUGUCUUCGAAACCAAGUCGACUGGACGAAGUACUUUCCUGGAUGAUACGUUCUCUCAUUAGUAACAUCGGGUUGUGUGACGCUGCGCGCUCGCCCGCAGACGACAGGCUGGUGGCCGACGGUGGACCUUGUCGUUGCUGAGUUCCCCUGAUCUCUGAUCAUUUCGUGCUAUCGGUUGAUUCUUGCCUGCUACCCUGAGCCCGUCGCCCACUGCGCCUGCCGCCACGCGCCCGCGCGAGCCGCGGAUCUGUGACUGCAUGGACCAAACAUACCUAGCACGACUUUUAAUAGAGCAAAGUACAAAUUUCAAUAAUAAGAUGCAUUAGUGCUCCGGCGCAUGUUUGUCCACCGUUGUCAAUUACUCAAAUAUUUGAAUUGUGAUUCGGUAGCUAAUGAGAGAAAACUCUAUGUUCUUAAAUUUAGUGUACAUAUUAUAUACGGAGAUGGGCAUUAUGGCGUGGUGAUCGCGCCCGUUGUAAAUAUAUUAUGUAAAGUAAUAAUUUUAUUGAUAUCGAUGUGGAUUGUCGGGUAGCUCGUCACUCGGGCCCGGGAGCCCGUACCGCCGCCCUGUUGUAUAUUACGACCUCUAUUCUGUCCAAUACACUCAACAAGUACAGAUUUACAAGUUACAUAAUUAUGCAUUAUUAAUAUAAUAAGAUGUCACAAAAUUUUAUCGCCAGUACAGACCAAUAAAUAUAUGUACAUGAACAACGUUUAGUUAUAAUUUUGGGUUCUAAACUCAUAAGUGAUGCACUGAGUAACUGAAUGAUCAGCUCAAUCUAUUUUAUUUUAUGGGUUAUUUCGCGUUAGAUUUUUUGUUGAUGAUGUCCGUAUGGUUGGUUGUGAUGGUUUACUUAAGUAAGUUAGCGACUCUCCGGCAAAUUGCCCUGUUUCACUUGUACCUACCUAUUACAUUUUACUCUAUAUUUGUACUAACAUUUUUGAGGCUGCUUUGUAUUCCCGACAUAUAAGAGUAUCACUUAAUUUUUUGAAAGUACUUAAAUCUAAUUAGUCGAAACUUUCAGUCAACCUCCUUAAAUAUUUCAAUUAGUGUCGUUUGAACUUGUGUGUCGGGAAUAUGAACCAGUGAAUGCUUGCAAUAUAAUGUAGGUACAGAAACUUCUUUAUCCUGUCAUUUUCAUAAAAUAACCGACUUUCAGGUCGGCAUGUCAGUGAAUGAAUACCAUAAUCGCAUGUACUACUUCAUUGUAAAAUUUUGUACAAAACUAUGUGGUGGGCCCUACCCUAAAUUGUAUUUAAUACUCCUUAACUGUUAUCGUUUGUGUUGUGAGGCCGGUGCGCCGGCGCACACGGCGCGGAGGCGGACGGUCGCGCGGCCGCGGGUCGCACGCACAUGCGAGCGCGGUCGCGCGACCUGCCGCGCACUGUGUCGUGACUCCAGCAAUAAUUAUGAUGGCAGGUAGACUCCUUGUCGCAUCCGUCUUAACGCCGUUGCAAACGUUUCAAAGAAACAUUGGCAACGUUUUCAUACGUAACUUUACGACUACAUUGUAUAAGUGUAUUUUCCUUAGUGUUUUUCAUUGCCAUUGGUUACCAAAAAUGACAGGAUUUUUAUUGAAACUAUUGUGAAUAUAUUUUAGAAAGAAUACUCUCGUUAGAAAAUUGAGAUAACCAUUUUGAAGGGGCUCAUAUUGCACAUCGAAUUGUUAAAUCGUUCCUCAUGUUAAGAGUGUCUCAAAGUCGUUUCUCGGUUUGUCUAAUGUAAGAUAUAUAAUUGUAAUAUAUUAUUGUUUAAGCCGUUGUAUCGAAAAUAACAAGAACAGGAAUAAUUUUGUGAAACAAUGGCACAAAGAAUGAACAUAAAUAUUAUAUAUAUUAUAGAAACAGAAAUGUGGCUAUAAAAGCAAUUUUUAUAAUAAAUAUUUACUGUUGAAGAA